AUGCAGUCGUCCCUCUCUGCCUUGAAUGAAUCCCUGUUCACCACCCCCACAUCUCGCUUUGGUGCCCAAAUACCCCAACGCGUGCCGAACGCUGUGAUAAGUCAUUCGCACUGGUAUGGGUGCCAUUUUCAAGGACUGAGCCCAGCCAUUCCAAACAAAGCAUCACAAGAAUGGGGAAAUGGCACAAAGAUUAGAUCGCCGUGCGAAAAUAAGAGCCCUCAACCCGGCGAGGGCCUGCCAGUGCGACCACCACCCUCAUCAACUACUACGUCGAUUAAUUCGCAAGCAAGUGAGAGCCAUGAGGCAACGGCACACAAGGCUCGAGGCUAUGAGGCUCCGAAUCUCUGGAAAGAGGCCUUCGACACGCUAGAUGAAAAAGAACAACGUCUUUUGAAACCAAGUAAUGCGGGCUCUAGCGAUGAGUCAGAAAAUGUCUUUAGCUGGAACAUUGAAAAGGCCCUCGAUGCAGUGAUAGAUACGACCCGAAGACAUCUCGAGAUUCGCGAGCUGAAAAGGAAGGAGAGCAGAGUGGGUGAUUAUCCGCAAAGGAUUCUUAGCGCCGUGCUCGUCCUCAAAGACAGCAUUUCGGCAGUGUUAGCGUGUGAUCCCACAGGCCACGCUUCGGCUGCUUGGUCUGUGGUGUCUAUGGGGUUGAAUAUCACACAAAAUUAUUGCCAACAACAAGAGACCUGGCUUGAAUCUUCUGAAUAUCUUUCAAGCACUAUUUCUCGAAUCACUCUGGUUGAAACCACUUACCGAGAUAAAAACCGUGCAACGAAAAAAUUUGUGGAAGACGCCCUGGUUGGAAUUUAUGUGGAGGUUUUACGUUACGCAGCAGCGGCGAGAGCAAUUCAUCAAUCCAACAAGGGGAAAAAAAUUCUCAAACUCAUCAUUACCCCAAUGAAUGAACUUCCUUUGACAAGCAUUAAAGCGGCAGUCGAAACCCAAGAAUCCUGUUUGAAGGACUGGCUUAGCAUUCAGCGCUAUUUGGAAAUGACUGAAAAGGCAGAAGAACAGUUUAAGCAAGGGGCAAAGAUUCUCAAAAUCGUUGAGGAUAUUGAUGAAGAUAGGAAACUUUCAAAGCUCCCAAUCGUGAAAACCGCUGUUUUUGACUCGUAUGACCCCUCACCGCACGAAGAAUGUCUUCCAGGUACGCGCGUUGAGAUUCUCCAAAGCAUAAUGGACUGGGUUGAUGGCUCUUCUGGGGACCCUUUUUUCUGGCUGAACGGUAUGGCAGGAACCGGGAAGUCAACCAUAUCGCGCAGUCUCGCUAGAUCGAUGGAAGAAAGAGGAAUUUUAGGAGCAAGCUUCUUCUUCAAAAGAGGCGAGAGUGAUCGUGCAAACCUCUCCAAAUUUAUAUCGACCAUUGCCAGACAGCUCGCAGAUGUUUUGCCCGGCCUGCGACAAAGCUUCAUAGAUGCAGCGAGCUUUGCUUCGUCCGAUAUUCCAGCACAAUUUCAAGAGAUUCUUGUAAAUCCUUUAUCGAGGUUUACCACAGAUACCGGACAAAGGCUCCUGUUGGUCAUAGUGAUUGAUGCGUUGGAUGAGUGCGAUGAUGGAAACGUUAAGCGACUGAUCCAACUCCUCCCAAAGAUUCAGGGUCCCCAAUUUUCGAUUGAUCUCCGAAUCUUCUUGACUAGUAGACCAGAGGAUCCUGUCGCCCGUCCCCUCGCACGCCUUGUGACUGGGGAGCAGACAGCCCUUUUACACAAAAUAGACGAGUCAACGGUGAAGCGGGAUAUUCUAUCAUUCUUUGAGAAGCGGCUAGUCGAGAUAAGAGACGAGAGAAAAGACGACGGACUCGAAGUCGAUUGGCCAGGACAAGAAAAUAUCAAUGCGCUUGUCAAAAUGUCCGUACCGCUGUUCAUCUCUGCUGCGACCAUUUGCCGUGAAUUGGGGGAUACUCGCUUUGGUGCUAAAGCCACACUGAGUGAAAUUCUUGCCAGCAGACUUGAGAGCGCAAAUAUGGCGGCUAUCUAUCUUCCGGUUCUAAACAAGUUGACCAGGGGCCUUGAUAAGCAGCGAACGAACCGAGGUUUUACAAGAGAGCUUCUCAACAAACGUCUGGAAGAUGUCAUCAUUAGAAUCAAAUCGGUCUCAUCUGUUCUCCAAGUAUCCGAGAAGCAAGACGAGCCGGUCAGAGUCUUCCAUAAAUCCUUCCGCGAUUUCAUGCUCGAUCCCGAGACGAAAAAGAAUGGGUUUGGCGUUGAUGAAGUUGCAAUGCAUGAAAAGAUGACAUUGAGUUGUAUACGAGUGAUGAAAAGAGACAAGGGCGGCCUCAAAAAGAAUAUCUGUCAUCUUGACGGGUAUGGGGCCUUGCGCGAGGACAUUAAGGACGACAGGAUCGCCGAUCAUCUAUCUCGGGAGCUUCAGUAUGCCUGUCGACAUUGGGUCGACCAUCUGCAGAAAGCUAGGCUUCCUAUAUCUGAUAAUGAUGCGAUUCAUUCAUUCCUGCAAUCCAGCUUGCUUCCCUGGUUUGAAGCAAUGUGCAUUCUGGGAUACCUUGAUGAGGUUCUUCAAAGUCUUGAUAAACUACAGUCCUUUGUUUCGAUGGCGGAAGAGGCGCCCCUUCAGCUUUAUGCAUCUGGACUGGUAUUUUCUCCCAGCGAAUGUACAGUCAGAAACGCAUUUCAGGUACUCAAGCCCCAAUGCAUUACUCAGAUGCCGCUCCUGCCAGAGACAAACUGGGGGCCAUUGUUGCAGACCAUUGAACAAGGUUCAAAUCACACUUUCAAUGGCUUGGUUGAGUUUUCACCGGAUGGUUUAUCAAUUGCUGCAGCAUCCCAAAGUGCUGUGGUCCUUUGGAAUACUGCAACAGGCUCACUUCAGCAAAUUCUUGAACCAAAUGGUGACUUGUAUGUAACCUCAUUCACGUUUUCUUCAAAAGGAAAAAUGAUGGCCAUAGCCCAGGUCGACCGCUCUCGGACGUCUCUGCGGGAGGAGAUUAGUUUGUGGGAUCUGACCACAGGGAUAGGCCUGCGUCAGCACACUUUCCUGCAGGACCAUGUGAGAGACAUCUACAAACUGGCGUUCUCGCCCAACGGUGAAAUGCUGGCUUCGUCAUCUGGCGAGACGACUACAUUGUGGAAUCUUAAUCCACCUAUUCUCUUACAAACCCUCGAGGAAGAUAGAGAGGCUGUUCUGACAGCGGCGUUCUCUCCCGAUAGAGACACAUUGUCAUCGGCCUCCGGUGAUGGCACUGUGUACAUGUGGAAUACGCUUUCUCGCCCAGUCACACGAAAAGAUGUCUUCAAAGCCCCCGAGGGAUUUGGGGAACUGAUAGCAAUCUCACACAAUACUUGUUUUCUGCUGACAAAGUCGACUGAAAGGAGAGUCUUGAAACUUUGGGAUCUUCAUUUGGGCAAAUUAAAGCAUACCUUAACUGGAAUCAAUGGUUCUGUCGAGUCGAUCGCAUUUUCACCAGACGGGAGACUCUGUUUGGCCGGCUGCCGUAACGGCGAAAUCAAUAUGUGGGAUACAUUUUCAGGAAUGAAGAAGUUCACCCUCAAACAGGCGGAUUCGGCCGACUUUAUUUCUCUGUCGCCUGACAGUAGACUAUUGGCUUCAAUCAAUAGACAGCAGAGUAUGAGGCUAUGGGAGAUGUCUCAAUGCGGGUCGCAGCAGGACCACCAAGAGGGGCACAGUGACUUGAAUUACAUGCUGUUCUCACCUGACCAAACCCUUCUGGCUUCGGAAGCCGGGUCCACGAUCACUCUUUGGGAUUCUCUCACCGGCAAACGUCUGUACUCCUUGUUAGGUGGCCGGGAUCAGGGACAUCCGGUCUUUUCGACUGAUAGCCAGACCAUCACAGCCUGGCAUAUGGAGGAAGUGCGCACAUGGUCGACUAGCACCGGUGAGCUGAUCAGAGCAAUUGACUUUGACUUUGAUUUGGAAGGGUGCUCAUUGGCGCUCUCGGCCGAUGGGACACAAAUGGCUUCCGGUUUUGCAGAUGGUACCAUCAUAGUGUCGGACAUUGCUUCCGGCAAGUCACUGGAGACUAUCCAAAUGAACCACGAAGCUAAGAUCCUUGCCUUCUCGCGUGACAAAAAGCAAUUAGCAGCUGGCAACGGCAAGACCAUCAGUAUAUGGGAUAACAUCUCAAGGAAAUUGCUGUUCACGUUACAAUUCGGGUCCGAUGAUAACAAUAGUCAACAUGUCGUCUCAAUCGCAUUUUCACCUGAUAGUAGGCUGAUAGCUGCUUGCUCCUCAAAUUAUAGGUUUUCGUUCAUUUAUUACGAAGAAGUCGGUAUCAUGGAGCCACAACUGUCGUUUUCAGAUGAUCAAAUUAUUCAAAUGAACAGUCAGUCAUACACGAUUGGCUACGAUGAAGAAAAUGGAGUUUUAGAUGUUUCACCUAAUGACUGCGACAUCCAAGUGGGGUCGAAAUGGAUUGAGUACAAGGGCGAGGAAAUUCUGCGAGCUACUACAGAUUAUGAUGUGCUCUGUCAUCUUGUGAGAGGAAACCUUGUUGCCCUGGCUAUGAACUCUGGGCAGGUUUUUUUCAUUGGGUUUCAAGAUAUUGCUCGAAACGCUCCAGGUUUGAUGUGA